CACAAUCCGAAUCCGACAGAAUGGCCAAUUUCGACGAUACGUUGCAACGCGCCCGCCUCGCCUUUUCCAGUGGAAAGACCAGGAACGUCAGUUUUCGUCGCAAGCAGCUGGAGAAUCUGCUGCGUUGCUAUGAGGAGCACGAGAACGAGAUCAUCAGCGCCUUGGAGGCGGAUCUGCGGCGUCCCAAGCAGGAGAGUCUCAUCGUGGAGACCGAGUUCAUGAAGAACGACAUCAAGCACAUUCUGUUCCACCUCGACGAGUGGGUGCAGUCGGAAAAGCCCCCCAAGUCGUUUGUCAACCUGAUGGACGAUGUCCAGAUCUACAACGAUCCCUUCGGCGUGGUCCUAGUGAUCGGCGCCUGGAACUAUCCACUGCAGCUGCUCCUCGUGCCCGUGGCUUCCGCCAUCGCCGCCGGAAACUGUGUGGUGAUCAAGCCCAGCGAGAUUGCCGCCAACUGCGCCAAGUUCAUUGCCGAUGUCAUUCCAAAAUAUUUGGAUAAUGAUUGUUAUCCAGUUGUCUGCGGCGGACCCAGUGAAACCGCUGAGCUGCUCAACCAGCGCUUCGACUACAUCUUCUACACGGGCUCCACACGUGUGGGCAAGAUCAUUCACGCUGCGGCCAACAAGCACUUGACCCCCACCACCUUGGAGCUGGGUGGCAAAAGUCCCUGCUACAUUGACAAAUCGGUGGAACUACGCACGGCGGUCAAGCGCAUCCUGUGGGGCAAGCUGAUCAACUGCGGACAAACCUGCAUCGCUCCCGACUACAUUCUCUGCUCCAAGGAGGUGCAGGAGAAGUUCAUCGUGGAGGCCAAGGAUGUGCUGAAGGAGUGGUACGGCGAGAAUAUCCAGAGCAGUCCGGAUCUGAGCCGCGUGAUCAAUGCCAACAACUUCCAACGCCUUCUUGGUCUGAUGAAGUCGGGUCGUGUGGCCGUCGGCGGCAACUACGAUGCCAGCGAGCGUUACAUUGAGCCCACCAUCCUGGUGGACGUGAAGACAACCGAUCCCAUCAUGGAGGAGGAGAUCUUCGGCCCCAUCUUGCCCAUCUUCAAUGUGGAGAGUGCCUACGAUGCCAUCAAGUUCAUCAACGAGAGAGAAAAACCACUUGUUAUUUACGUGUUCUCCAACUCGAACAAGCUAGUCAAAGAGUUCAGGAGCAACACCACUAGCGGCGGAUUCUGCAGCAACGAAACCAUAAUGCACUGUGGAGUUGAUGUGCUGCCUUUUGGAGGCGUUGGCAUGAGUGGAAUGGGAUGCUAUCAUGGAAAGUAUGGCUUUGAAACCUUCACACACAAAAAGUCUUGCCUGGGCAAGGAUCUGUCGGCCGUUGGCGAGAAAUUGGCAUCGGCACGUUAUCCUCCCUACUCGGAUCGCAAGGGAUCGCUGCUGUCCUUCCUGCUGCGUAAGCGCCGUCCGCUGCCCAACCUGCACCUGAGCCACGUGGUGGCCAUCGGCCUAGGCGUCGGAUUGACGUUCCUGGCCAACUACUACCUACAGAAAAGCUCAACUGAUUAAAAACCCAAAUACUUUUUUACUUUUUAUACGCAUAUCGGUGGGUGAUGUAAAGCUUUGGAUACUUCGUUAUACAUAUAGUUAUUGUUAUUUAGUUGCUAUUUAAUAAAAAUGUGAAUGCUGUAAUGUAAUGUACGACCAAUAAAAAAUAUAAAACUACUGUGA